AUGGUCACCAUCACACCACACACAAAUAUUCAGGUUGGUCUUUCACACCAAGGUGUCACUGCUGUUAGACGAAUUUUGAUUCGUCGAGAUGGCAAGUUGAUACCAACAAAACAUCUUAUAUUAACUUUCAACAAACCAACAUUGCCAUCUUCUGUUGUGGUAGGAUAUCUCUGUUGCCCAGUUCACCAUACAUUCCAAACCUUCUGCGUUGCUUUAAAUAUCAGCAGUUUGGACACUCGCAAACAUCAUGCAGAGGAAAAAAAAGCAUGCGCACAGUGUGGAAUUGAAGAUCACGAGAGUACUGAAUGUAAAAGUACUCCAUGCUGUGUGAACAGCAAAGAUGACCAUCCUGCCUACUCUCAGAAAUGCCCUGCAUGGCAGAGAGAAAAAGAAAUUCAGCGGGUGAUUACAGUGAAUAUUAUACCUUACCUGGAGGCAUAUCAUAUGGUCACUCCAAAUGCACCAGUGCAACAGAAGACCUUUGCUGCUGUUUUGAAGUCCACAAAGACAUGUGGAGUUCAGAAAGACAUUUCUGUUUCACCAAAUGAAUCUCUCACAUUCCAUGCUAAAUGUUACUAA